AAAAUCCUAACUAAUUGUGUAAAUGUCUCACUCUGCUCAACUUUGUUUCAAAAUAAAAUUCCUAAUCGUAACACGGACAUGCACUAUAGUCCGGCUCUAUUUUUUUUUUAUUUUAUUUUAUUUUUUUAUUUGAACUCUGGAUGUUAAGAGAAUAUUGUAAAUGUUUUACUCGUGAACCCAGAGUGACUCGGAAACGUUUACGUACUAGUGCAACCCGGAAGUUUUUUUGGGCGCACACACGUUGUCUUUAGAGCAAAAAGGGACACUCUAACCCCGUUUUUGCACAUUUACAUGUUUUGGGGAAUAUAGAUGAAUCAACUAUUUAACACUUUGUCAUUUCCUCUACGCUUUAUUUGUAUUUAUAAGUUAUUACAAACGUCUAUCGUACACUACUCCACUUCCGUCUAAUUCGUCCUUCAGUCAGUUUGAAGGUUUUCACGUCAAACUCCACCAGCUGGCAAGAAGAGGGCGCGAUUUGCUAGUUAUUUUUCAACAUGGCUGUUCAGGUGUCCGAGUCAGACCAGAUCAAACAGUUCAAGGAGUUCCUGGGGACGUACAACAAACUGACAGAGAACUGCUUCAUGGACUGCGUCAAGGACUUCACCAGCCGGGAGGUCCGGCCUGAAGAGUCGAGCUGCUCAGAGUCGUGUCUCCAGAAAUACCUGAAGAUGACGCAGCGGAUCUCCAUGCGCUUUCAGGAGUACCACAUCCAGCAGAAUGAGGCGCUGGCUGCAAAAGCGGGUCUGCUGGCUCAGCCCAGAUGAGGCCGACGUGACGCGAAGGACUCGCCCGCCAGAACUGCUGUAUUAAGUUUUGUCAUGGAUUGUGAGGUUAUCAUUGUGUGCCGGAAUGACCAUCGAGCACUUUCAACACCUUCGACAACCAUCAUUAUCUCACACAUCAACUCUCAUGUCACAUUUUAAAGAUGUUUGGAUAAAUACAAUUAAAUGAUUACUAAUGAAAUUUAAAAUAUGAAGCAAAAACAUACAAAUAAUUGUAAUCCCUGGUCACAAUACAGCAGAUGUGAAUCUUACUCUGUUGCAUUUACGACAGUAAGUUUUUGUGAAAAUGUACUUUUAAGAGUAGUUUUACCACACCAUACUUUUGAGUAGAUUUGCAAUGACGAAACUACAUUUCCUUCGCUACUUUGGGCUACAUGAGUAGUUACAUUUUUCGUCUUUAUUCUACAUUUUAGAUUUGACUUUAUUUUUGCCAGAAUCGUGGCUCUACCAGAUUCACCAAUGAUAUGUCGCAACAAUAAUCACAUGACUCCAUUACACCAGUCAGAUGGAACACAGUCAAAUGACAGACGCAGCCUUGCAGUCAGAACUCGUAUGAUCACGUAGGCCUGUUCAAUCAUGUGGCGUAUGUAAAGUGCUGUAAAAAUUUAUCUGACAGAGUCAACAUUACUCGAAAGCGUGGACUUUCUCCCAGUUUUUAUUCAGCAGCAAUUUAUUUGACGGCGAUAGACUCGUUUUCAAUUCACGGAAGAGGACAUGCUUGCUCUUCGGAUAAGUAAUGUUUCAUUGUUCUAGGUUGAAUUUGAUGAUGGUAAAUUUUUUGGCCUAAUAUGGUCAUGUACAAUUCAAUAUAUAAUACAUUAUAACAGUUCAUAUAGAUGUUGUGCUGCUAAAAAACAUUGUUUAAACGAAUAUCGCACUGUAAAGUGUUACAAAGUUAGUCAUAACUUGAGUAUUCAUUUCACCGGAUACUUAUUUACUAAUACUUGAGUACAUUUUUUGGAUGACUUUAGUUUUACUUGAGUAAUAUUUCAAGUAAUCCUACUCUAACCACCUCUGCAAUAUAGUAUGUAUUUUUUCUUUUUGUUUAUAUUUAAUUUACCGGUAAUUAUCAUCUCUGGAUUAAAAUUCUCAUAUAUACAUAUACAGUCGAUACUUUAAGGUAAAAAAUUAAUUUGUUCCUGAGUGGCUUUUGUAUUUUUUCAUAUAAUUGUUUUACCUGUAAAUCACUUUAAUUUGUUAACAUUAAAUUUGCUGUCAUGUCCACCAAUUGCCUGUCAUUUGUAAUGCUUUGUCGCCCCCUGUGGCACCCAAGUGUAACUAGUUUAGGUCAUUCUCCAGAUGUUGUCACUAUAAGGCAAGCUGACAUCAUUGCUUGCCAUUUCAUCACGCUUUUUGCAAAUAUUCUUUUGUUUUAUGUACAUGAGCAUUGUGGUGUUUAUAUUUCAUUUGUUCACAUUCAAACAUUAAGUAAUUCUUGCUGCGAGCGGUAAAGAUCAAUUACUGGAUGUGUUAUCCGUAUGACGAAUUUCUUGUAACAUGAAGCAAAAAGCUUCGAAAAAUCACAUGGAAAUUGAAUUUUUCCUGUAGUGACGCUGUGGCAUCUCGAGGCUCCUAAAUAUUUUUUGACUU